GCCUGUCGCUUGUCCGACCUGGGCGCGCUCUGCGUGUCGCACGGGCACGGGAGCGGGCCGAGACCGGCGGGCGGGCCAAAGAGGGAGCAUGGCGUUCUUGGUGGUGCGCUUGGUGCUGUUGCUCCUGGCCGGGAACUUGGCAGCCUCUUUGGACUCCUCGAGCUCUGAGUUCAGCCAGACUUCAGAAUACAGAACACCAAACUGCAAUCAAUAUAAAUUACCAGGAUGUCCCAGAGACUUUAACCCCGUGUGUGGAAGUGACAUGUCCACUUAUCCUAACGAGUGUACUCUGUGCAUGAAAAUCCGGGAAGAUGGUCAUGACAUUAAAAUAAUCCGGAGUGGACCGUGUUGAUGGAGCAGUUUAUAGAAGAGAACUUGGAGAAACCAC